UCAGAGGUCAAGCUCCCGCUGCUUCGGUUCUCCCAGGCCGCAGUGGCACCUCAGCGGCCAGCAGGGCUCGGGGCCUCAGAGCUGAAAUGACAGCAGCCGACGCCAUCUCCAUGACUGGUGAAAAGCUGGGGCUAUUUUCUGUGCCUGGGAAUCAGCAUUUUGACCCUGAGGGUAGCAGUGGCCCAAACAUUGAACUUGGACAUAUUAGGCUUAAAAGGAGAAGCCAGAGAGAGGUAGGCCAAACCCCGAAAGGCAGGAAAGAUGGCAGCAGGCCCCAGGCUCAAACAAAGAGCAGUAGAAAGAGGAAGCAGCCUAAGCAAAACCUAACUACCGAAUGUGCAGGUGGGCUUCAGCUUCCCGGUACACCUCGGCCACCAUCUUCUCUGAGCUCCCAGCCUAGCAGCAGCCACCAUUUUGAAUUUUCAGUGGGGAUCCUAGAAUCCCCAGGGCCUACCCUCAGGAGCAGCACCGUGCCACGCUAUUUGUCUACUCCAGCCCCUAAGGCCCUGAGCCAAGCUGUUCUGAAUGUUUCUGGUCCUCACAGCCGUGCACCUGAGUCCAGCUGUGAUGGGCGUGACCACUCCACUCCUGUUGGCCAGGAACUCAGUCAACAGGCCCUACUGCAGGUUCCUGAUGAUGGACGUUGUCACAGCGGUCCUGACCCCAAAGGCAGUGUGACCCCUAAAGGCAGGGUUCUCUGCUCACGAGUCUUAACAUUUGGUGGUCAUAGCAGUGCAUCUGUGGUCAGCCCCGAAGUUCGCCCUGAAGCCCAUAAUAUCCGCUGGAAUUUACGCCCUCGGGCCACUCCACGAGUUCCUGCUCCUCACAGCUAUACCCUGGGGUCCAGUUCUGAUAGAGGCAUCCGUGAAACACAGCGCAGAAGCAGCCGCAUUGCAUCCAGGCUCGGCCCUGACAACCAACGAAGCCAUAAAAUAAAGAUGGAGCUGAACCUGGAGCCCGAGCCCGAGCCAGAGCUGGAGCCGGAAUCAGAAUCAGAACCAGAACCAGAACCAGAGCCAGAGCCAGAGCCAGAGCCAGAGCCAGAGCCAGAGCCAGAGCCAGAGCCAGAGCCAGAGCCAGAGCCCGAGCCCGAGCCCGAGCCCGAGCCCGAGCCAGAGCCAGAGCCAGAGCCAGAGUCAGAGUCAGAGUCAGAGCCAGAAUCAGAGUCAGAGCUGGAGGGAGAGGAAGAGCUAGAACCUGGUCCUAGCAGCCAGCCACAAGCAAGCCUUUCCACCUUUAGGCAUGCAGUUCCAAGGAAAUCCUUGCUAGCAACCAGAGGCUCUCCUCCAAGGCGCCCAGUCUGUAUGCGGGCUUCUUCCCCUUCUCCUCCUGGUAGGUUCUAUCCUUUCCCUGGGCAGUAUAAUGAAGGUGCCAGUUCUUCCUCCUCAUCCUCCAACGAGGAUGCCUUCUGUGUUUCAGGUUCCCCUUCUUUUCUUAAGUCACCAAAACGGGGCUCCUCAUCUCCAUUAGGUGACUUAAGCUCCGACUCUGGUCCUAGUCCUGAUACCCUUUGGCGUGCCUUGAUACCUGACCUGGAUAACCUUGAUUCUUCCUCUUCUGGAGAGUCAGAGGAAGAAAUAGAGAUUGCCCCUCACCCUCCUGCAUAAGAAGAAGUGUAGAGGAUGCCCCUUACUCCCACACUCCACCCUUACUGUAAUUCAUGGUGAGAGUUCUCCCAGACUCACAAAAGGAAUAGGCACUUAUCCAUUGUUGGCUGUGAUUAUCUGUGAGGUUUCUAGGGUUUCUACCUAUUCACCAGUACUCUGAGCAGUUUUGAAAUCCCCUGUUCCCCUCACCCCAACUAUCUAGCACUUAUAAGGAUUUUGGUUCCAUUCAGUACCCCCUUUAUCUUUAAAACAGCCUGGGUUGUUUGUUAUUAGGUUUGGGUGGGGUUUUUUGUUUUUAUUUUUUUUGCCUCUGAGUUUUGUUUUCCAAGUUGCUUUUCUGUAAUUAAGUAUUUUAAUAAAAGUGUUGUUUUAUUUUAGAAAAAAGCAUAUA